UCCCAAAACACCCCCUCGUACUUUCACCUGCUCAUUCAUACGUGUAUCAAGCGCUUCUCUUUUCUGGUGUAGAGAAACCAGAUCAUAUGCGACGAAAAACCUAGUCUUAUUACUAUUAUAGCGUCAAGCGUUCUUGGGUAUCACAGGUAAAUUCAAGAGGAAGAAAUCUUUCGAAGGAUGGAUUCGACUGGCCGGUUCUUGCUUUCCCUCGUCACUGCUGCUACUUUUCUACAAGUUCGUAGCACAGUAACUGUGAUAGGCUUGUACGGAGAGACGAUCGAAGUGCCGUGCAAUAAUGGAGCUGCCAAGCCAGAGGAUCUUAUCUUCACUAAAUGGAAAUAUAAGAUGGAUGACGGCACCUCCGGAGACCUCUUGGUUAAGCAGGCGCACAAGGAGCAGGCCCAGAUCCAGGCCAUGGACGGCUACAAGGACCGAGUGACCAUCGCGGCCAACUCCAGCCUCAUGAUCCAGGGGGGUUCCCUGGUGGACCAGAGGACCUUCACCUGCAUGGUUGUGUACGGCUCCAACCUGGACGAGCACCCUGUCGACGUCUUGGUCCACAAGAAGCCGUUGCCACCACAGAUAAAAGACAAAGCCAAAGAGCUGGAGAACGGCAAACUGACGUCGCUAGGCGUGUGUACGGCCGCAGAUGCAAACCCUGCCGCCGUAAUCAUGUGGUCCAAAAACGGCAAGCUGCUGGUGGCUGAUGGAAAGACCAUCAUCAUCACGCCCAGUGUGAAGAUGGAUCCGUCGACGGGCCUGUCCACUACCACGUCCGGUCUGCAGUACACAGCGGUGAAAAGCGACGUGGGAGCCAAAUUCACUUGCACAGCCAAACACAGCCUGGAAACACAGGUGUCUGCUCCUGAGACCUUCGUCAUUCACUAUCCAACAGAGAAGUUGAGUCUCCAGGUACUGGCGAAGACUCCCAUCAGAGAGGGCGACAACGUGACGUUGAAGUGCAAUGCGGACGGCAACCCUCCUCCAACCAGCUUCUACUUCAGCAUCAAGGGCCAGAAAGUGACGGUGAAAGAUUCCGACACCUUCACUCUGACUGCCGUUACGCGCAACAGCACCGGAGACUACAAGUGCUCGCUGGUCGACGAUGACAAAAUGGAGGCCUCGGAAAAGGUUGUCGUGAGCUACUUGGAUCUCAGUCUCAGCCCCACAGGAAAGGUCCUUAAGAUGGUCAGGGACACCUUGCUGGUGAAAAUGGAGCAGGACGCCUCCGGCGAUGCUAAAGUGUCAUGGACCAAGGACAACAGAAAGCUGGACGAAACGCCUAGGUUUGACAAUGUGACGUACGCUGAUGCAGGGUUCUACGUUUGUGAGGUGUCCGUUGCAGGCAUCAAGCGCAGCCAGUCCUUCCAACUGGUAGUAGAAGGCACACCAGUCAUCAAGAAGAUGACCGAGCACCAUAGCGAGGAUGGCAGACACAAAGUUCUGACCUGCGAGGCCGAGGGUGUGCCCCGGCCCAGUGUCCAGUGGAGCAUCAACGGCACAAAUGAGGAGAAUUCCUAUAUCAAUGGCAAGGCAACUCACAAGAUCACGGUGGUGCCCACAGGAAACCUGACCAUCACCUGCAUUGCGACCAACAAGCUGGGAAAUCACUUCAUGGCCCUCAACGUCUCCUCCUGGGCACAGGAUGACAGUUCGGACCAGGCUUUACUGAUUGUGUUCAUUGUUGUUGGGCUCAUCAUAGCUGCUGCUCUUGUGGGGUUGUUCUAUUGGCUUUACAUUAUGAAAUCAAGACGAGGGACCUGGAAAACAGGAGAGAAGGAAGCCGGAACGUCCGAAGAGAGCAAGAAACUGGAGGAGUGCAAAGCUAAGGUGUAGGGACAGCCGGGCUGUACUCGAGAGACGAAGAAGGAAAUAAGUAGAAGAGCCCUUGACCUUUGGAACGACACCGAAACGAAGGCAUUUGAUUGGCUUCCAAAUGAGCAGCAUGUAUUGCAGAAUGCUUCCUAUAAUCCAGAUUAACAGUCCCACCCACAGUCUCAGAGGAAAAAAAGAUAAACAUUUUGUGUUGUUCAUUGAUUUUCAGUCAGCACUGAAGACUGCUUCUCAUUUUCUUUUUGUGUUCCUGGUGAAUGCUCAAUUGUUUAGCGUAUUGUGAUGGUGUGGUGGGUUUAUGUCUUCUUUUUUUUUUCCUGUUUUAAUUUAGUAAAAUAAUGUCAAAUUCACUGUACACUUUUUAGGUGAGCUAGCUGCUCUACACUGCUGUUACCCUUACAUUUCAAAUCUUUGCACUCAAUUUUUUUUUAAAUGUUCUUUGUUAUCCCCCUGGGGGAAAGUGGCAAAUGGAAAUAUCUGGACAUUCUUCUUUUAGUCUAGCGGCCAAUUGCAAAUCUCACCAAUUCAAUUAUUAGGGUUACACUUUUUGUUGUGCUGGACAAUCAGAAAUUGGCUGAAUCACAAUUUACGUGUUUUAUUUUAGUGCAACUUGUCUUAGCGUAAGCCAUUGGGUCUCACUAGCUACAAACUAAAUAAGGUGAGGAAAAUGUCUCAUCCCAAUUUCUUGUAAGUUUGGAACCAACAAACUGAAUGAUGCUAGCCUCAAACAUCUCCACAAAAUGCAAAUCAGCUCACUUUUAUCUAAUUGGUUGAUGGAGUAACCAUGCAAGACAUUUGCAGGUCAGAUUUGCCAGCCGUUCUGCACAAAAAUGUAGCUACCUUUUUUUGUUUUUCUGAAAGGUUUUGCCUGACUUGAGUUACACAUGUUGUUGUGAAAUGUGAGAAAUGGAGCAUUCAUAUGAAUCUGCUGACAUUGCCCCCUCUUUUAGCUGUUAAAUCAGAUAUAGUCAUAACACUAAUAUAUUUUUUAUUGUGCAUCUCUCUCAGAUUUCAGUUAAAACGGUGUUGUCUCCCUCUCCGGUGUCAUACUGUAGUGAAAGGCCAUUUACUAGUGUAUUUAUUCAUGUUUCUGUUUUGCCGUUUGAAGGGGUUCACUGUAAAUACGUCAGGUGUGAAUGUCCAGCUUGUGUUGUGCUCUAUUUAUACUGUGUGAGACAUGUCAGGUUAGCUGCACUUCGGCUUACUAGAACCACCACAUUCUGAUUUCAACCUCAAACGUGCAUUAUUUAAACGGUUGAAAAUGUACUGUAUGGUGGAAUGAGAGUUACAUGGAGAGAGGGGCGUAUAAAACAGAUUUUUUUGUGUGUUUUUGUUUUUAGGAUCUGAAGGACUGUAAUUGAAACGGUGAGGAUGAUGAUAGGAAAGUUGUGUUUCCAUGCAUUUAGUUAAUUUAGUAUAAUCAGGUCAACAGUGAAACCAAAGAGGGUAAGAUGAGAAGGCCAUAAAAGUAUUGUGAAUACUGAAUUUUGUUUUUGUACUUUUGUUGAGAAUAAAGUGUACAUUUUUAAGUAGUGUUUUUUUUCUCUCCAAGGUAUGUCAGCACCAAUUUAAACAAAAACACAUUUCCAUCAUGUUUUGUUGUUUGAGAUUCUUGCUGUAAUGAAAAGCGCUAUGCAAAUUAAAUGUAUUAAAGCUACACUGGUUA